CACAAUGGCGGAGUUUGGUGCUGCAGUUCACAGUAACCUUGCCUGGUAGAAACCUUGGGGGAGGGAGGGAUAUCACCACAAACACUUUCUUUCUGACUUCUGAGGUGAAACUGAACUGGUGUGUGUCAGGACUGUUCUGAAGAUGUCACAGAGAGGCUGAUUUCCACGGGAAUGUUAUUAAAAUCAGUUUCCUGGCGGUGAAAGAUGGGAAUUCUGACAGUUUGGCUGUCUGGCGUAUGCGAGACCAGAUGAGGCUGAGAUCAGGGCUGGUGAACGCAUUUCUGGGGUAUUACUGAAGAGGACCUGUGCACAGGUUCACGCUGCGCUCGGCAGAGUGGCGCUUCCUCCCCCAUGGAGAAUUACUUCCAGGCUGAGGCCUUUAACCUGGACAAAGUGUUGGAUGAGUUUGAGCAGAACGAAGAUGAAACGGAUACUCCUACACUUACUGACACCAAGUGGACUCAGAUUCUCGCUCCACCAGCUCACCUGUUGUCCCUGAACCCUGCACUGACUAAUGCUGAUCUCAGUCCGCGAGACAGCCCUCUCAAUCUCAAUUUCAAACCUCUGCUAGAACCUUUGACUUCUGGCAGCUCUUCCGUGGUAGAGGUAACUGUGCCUGAUGUGAAGCAGGAACCAGAGACGUGGAGUGAAGAAAGGCCAGUGGAUAUCCACAGUCCCCCUCUGCUCCAGCCCAACAUUGGCAAGCUGGUCAGCGCUGACAGUCAAGUGCUGGAUUCUCCUCCUGCCACAAGGAGGACAGCUGAGAAUGGGUGUCCGUCCAAACUAGAGUGCAAUGGGGUUAAUGAGGUUCCUCAGCCAAGAGAUGACCCAAAUUCUCCUCCUACAGAUUCACCCAGCAUCCUAGACUCAGGUGUUGGUCACCAAAGGCAACAGCAGGACAAUGUUGCUGAGCAGGAUAACUCCCGUUUUAAUGAUGAUGGUUUUUCAAAUCCUGAGCAAGGGCUUGGCCGAGGGGAGUCAGGCUUGAACAAUGGUUCUUUGUCGGUUGAGAUGGAGUCUGAGGGCAUUGAGGAAGUUGCCAGAAUGGACUCUCAUUUUGCUCUUCCAAAAGGGGGCAAUUCUGAGAAAGGGGAGAAGCUUCUGCAAGAACCUGGUAGUGGCACACAGGAACUUGUAGUUGACCAAGAGUGUCACACUGUAAACACUAUUCCGAACGGAACUGUCCUCAAGACGGAGAGUUUUGAACAAGAUAAAUUGGUUGUAAAAGAGAAAGAAACAAAGAAUCAAGAUUUGUUCCUUGAAUCGCCACAGAACGAGAGAGCUUAUCCUAAUGGCCUGGCUGAAAAAAGUGAAGAUCAACGGAUCCACCUUCCUCCAGCCCUUUUAAAGGAAGACUCGAUAACUGAGGAGAAGGAGAUGGAGGAGAGCAAACAGGAAUGCUGCGAGCCUAACCGAGGCUCUGAGACGAGCUCCAAACUCAACAAUGGUCGAUUGCAACUGGUCAGCGUUCCCUACGGUGGUGCAAGGCCCAAACAACCUGUCAGCCUGAAGCUGCAGAUCCCUCGAUCUUUCUCGGGUCAAGUCCAAAACGAACUUGGUUCCACUGGCAGGAAUAAGAACCUGGAGGCCCAGUGCAGGGCAGGUGGCCUUGAGUCAUCUUGUGGGGGAACAGAAUCUAGGGCCGCUCGAGUCAACGUAGAGAGUGGAGAUGGUUCCUCGGGCUUGCACAUCCCCUCUGAGAACCCUGACAAUGAUCUCCAAGCAGGUCAGCAGGGAGCUCUUGCAAGGAAACCUUUCAGUUCUCUUGGUGAAGUGGCUCCUGUCUGGGUGCCGGACUCUCAAGCACCAAUCUGCAUGAAGUGCGAAGUCAAGUUCACCUUUACAAAGAGAAGACACCACUGUCGGGCCUGUGGCAAGGUUUUCUGUGCCGCAUGCUGCAGUCUGAAGUGCAGGCUGAUGUACAUGGACAGGAAGGAGGCGCGAGUCUGUGUGACGUGUCAUCACACUUUAACCAGCGCUCAGUCGUGGAAGAGCGCGGGGAACGGCUCCAGCCAGAGUCCGAACCCCAACAACCCGGCCGAGUACUGCUCCACCAUCCCGCCCCUGCAGCAGGCCCAGGCGUCCGGCGCCCUCAGCUCUCCGCCUCCCACCGUCAUGGUGCCUGUCGGAGUCCUCAAGCAGCCGGGCGCUGAGGGUUCUCUGUCUCGUGAGCAGAGAAGAGUUUGGUUCGCUGAUGGUAUUUUACCCAACGGAGAAACCACAGACUCCUCUAAAGGACCUGCUCCAAACCCACAUUCGAGCCCCGCCCAGCCUCCGGCUGUGUCCCAAAUCUCCAGCAAAUCCACAGCCAGCACUCAUGGGGUGACCCGCGGUCCCGGAGCUCCAGUGGGAAGCUCGGUCAGUCUGAUCCCAGAGGACGGACUUCCUCCCAUCCUCAUCUCCACUGGAGUUAAAGGAGGUACGGGAGGCCACAUCACAGAUUACGCGGUGGAGGAGAAGCCGUUGGAGGUCCUGCUUCUUCAGCAGCUGGAGGAAGGAGGCCCCGAGCCGCUGGUGUUUGUGCUCAACGCUAACCUGCUAGCCAUGGUUAAGCUCGUCAACUAUGUAAACAGGAAGUGCUGGUAUGUGAUGUCGAAGGGCAUGCACGCUGUGGGCCAGGCCGAGGUGGUGGUGUUGCUGCAGUGCCUCCCUGAUGAGAAGAGCAUCCCGAAAGACAUCUUCAGCCAUUUUGUGCAGCUUUAUCAGGAAGCUCUCGCAGGAAACGUGUUGAGCCACCUGAGCCACUCGUUCUUCACACAGAGCUUCCUGGGCAGUAAGGAACACGGUGGGUUCCUCUACAUCACCCCGACCUUCCAGUCUCUCCAGGACCUCCUGCUGCCCAACCCGCCCUUCCUGUUCGGGAUCUUGGUGCAGAAGUGGGAGACGCCGUGGGCCAAAGUGUUCCCCAUCCGCCUCAUGCUGCGCCUCGGAGCCGAGUACCGCUUUUAUCCCUGUCCGUUAUUUAGCGUGCGCUUCAGAAAGCCUCUUUUUGGAGAAACUGGUCACACCAUCAUCAACCUGCUCGCAGACUUCAGGAAUUAUCAGUACACGUUACCGGUGGUCAGAGGUCUGGUGGUGGACAUGGAAGUGAGAAAAACCUGCAUUAAAAUCCCCAGUAAUCGCUACAACGAGCUCAUGAAGGCCAUGAACAAGUCGAACGAGCACGUGUUGGCGAUGGGGGCGUGUUUUAAUGAGCGGGCCGACUCCCACCUUGUGUGUGUGCAGAACGAUGAUGGAAACUACCAGACGCAGGCCAUCAGCAUCCAUCACCAACCUCGCCAAGUAACAGGAGCAAGUUUCUUUGUCUUCAGUGGAGCUCUGAAGGCCUCGUCUGGGUUUUUGGCCAAAACCAGUAUUGUUGAAGAUGGUGUGAUGGUUCAGAUCACAGCAGAGACGAUGGAGGACCUGCGCCAGGCUCUGCGAGAGAUGAAGGAUUUCACCAUCGUGUGUGGAAAAGCCGAUCAGGAGGAAACGCAGGAGAACGUCCACAUCCAAUGGACAGAGGACGACUUGAACUUCAACAAGGGAGUGAUUAGUCCGAUUGAUGGCAAGUCGAUGGAGUCGAUAACGAGUGUAAAGAUUUUCCAUGGAUCCGAGUACAAAGCCAAUGGGAAAGUUAUCCGCUGGACCGAGGUGUUUUUCCUGCAGAGUGAGGACCAGACUAACGGGGACCCUGCGGAUCACAGCCGGCUGACGGAGAACGUAGCGAGAGCCUUCUGCAUGGCCCUGUGUCCUCACCUGAAACUGCUGAAAGAGGACGGCAUGGCCAAGCUGGGGCUCCGCGUCACCCUGGACUCGGAUCAGGUGGGUUACCUGGCGGGCAGUAACGGUCAGCCCUUGCUCCCUCAGUACCUGAGUGAUUUGGACAGCGCCCUGAUCCCUGUGAUCCACAGUGGGGCGUGUCAGCUGAGCGAGGGGCCCGUGGUCAUGGAGCUCAUCUUCUACAUCCUGGAGAUCAUCUCUUAAAGGAGGUUCUUCUUCUAAAAUUCAAAUCGACCUCAUUUCCCCCCCAUUUGCACUUCAGAGAACUGAAUGCUGCGGAAUCAUGAACAGGACGCAGCAGCGGCGCCGUUCCAGCAGAUCACCUAUGCACCAUUUUUACACAUGAACCAUCUCCAAACAUCUCCACUGGAGCCACGGGUUCCAACAACCUCAGAGUUUUGGUGCUUUUUUUGUUUUUCCUCCACUGUGGAAAUCUCAAAAUGCUGCUGGGAGCAAAGGAAAAGGAAAAAAAACAGGAACAGAAGGGAAAUCGUGGAGGUCUUUGAUCUUGAUGGAUGGACGAUGGAGCGUUCACGUGUCGGCAUGUUCUUGGUUCCAAGUGGAACCCUGCUAAGAAGCUUGUACAGAAAGUCUGAGAAAGUAAAAUUUUUGAUAACCAAUGAAAUGGAGAGGAUUUGAGUUUUAAUGUCUGAAGCAUUUAAAAAUUUAUUUCAUACUGAAAGCAUUUAACACUAAAAAUCUUUGUAUAUAAAAUCAGUACAGAAUUAUACAAGAUUCCUGGCUAGCUAGUUAAAAUGCUACCUGCUAGCAACUUAAAGGGGCAGUUUGUAAUUUUUAGAUGUUUCUAAAUGUCUAAAAAUGGGGGGAACCCACUAAAAACUUUUAUUUAAAAUCUUACCGUGCAGUGAAUACUACUAUAGAUCCUUCAUUUCAGGCUUUUGUUUACAUUUUCCUGGCUUGGAAAUAAGCUCCGCCCCAUGUUGGAACACACAUCUUACCCUUCCCCCAUAUCUUUCCGUUAAAACAGAAUAUACUUGCAGUUCACUUUACAGACAGCAGGGGGAGCUAGCAAACUCUUCCACAAGAAGACUACACCUUUAAUUUUACACACUACCACGCAACAGGAACGUCACGCUGCUAAUUUUGCUGCUUUUUUGUAAGUCAAAUAUUAAACAAAGUAUUUCCAUUAUUUUUUUUUCUCUCUCUCUCUUUUGGAACCGUUGUGGCUUAAUGAUGUUCCCUGAGGGCGGAGCUUUUAACAAGACCAUAUGACGCCAUCACUAGUCCGUCUUUUCUUUGAUUUAGUUUUCAGAUUAACGUGGUUUCUUGGCGAGCUUCUUGGUUACACAAGAUAUCAACAUUCGCAUUAUGUUGCGUUCCGUUAGCAUGUUUAUACAACUAGCCUUGUUUGCAAGUGAGCGAGCUAGCUAAUGUUAUCUAGCUAUUACAUUUAAUUGAAACCAGUAGUGAGUAACUGAUUGAUUGAUUGAUUGAUUGAUUGAUUGAUUGAUUGAUCAAGUUAGGCUUAAGCUCCGCCCUGUUGAUGGAGGUGUGGGGCUUAAGCUCCACCCCUAUUGAUGGAGGCGUGCUUGGGGAAAACCUUUUGCUAGUUUCUGAAAGUUUAAUUUGAAGUAAACAUCUCAAAUCCGCCACCUUUCAUUGGUUUUUGCACGUAACCAAUCAGAGACCAGACUGCUGGGAGAGGGGGAAGUCACAUGACACAGAAGUGAUGGUGUAAAACCAGGAUGUCCUGCUCAGAGUGAUUUCUUUACUAUUAGCUUUAAUCACCAGAUGCUUUAUUUCACCGUUAUGGACCUUGGUGUGUGUUUGGUGGGGUGUUUUUGUUUUUUUUUAUUUGAUUUGUAAGUUAAAUUUCUCCAAAGCUGGAGUGACGUAGCUUUUUGAGCUGAAGCGUUGGAUCGGGAGUGAUUGUUGUGUGAGGACGUGUUUACAGAGGGACCUGUGGAUGGAUGACUGUUAAUGAUCAUUAAACAGAACCAGGAUUUCACAAGUGUUCUGCUAACUGUUUUGACACGCCCCGUCCUUGUCCCCUUACGAUCCCAAAUACGACCCUAACUUCAUGGAACGUGUUUUGGAAACGGGUUUCUGAAUUAAAUUAACAUUUGAUCUAAACACAGUUGUAUUGGCGCUACUCUCCUGCGAGAGUCAGAAGUUUUAACUGCUUCUGUUCUGCUCUUAAUGUCCAGCUAAUUCACUAACAACUCGUACGCUUUGUCUCAGAUCAUGUACACCAGUGGGCGAGUUUGCUCCUUGACUGUUUCCAUUCGCCUAUAUACCGGUUUACUGACUAACUGUUUCACUAACUAGCUGGUUAGCAGGUCAUGUUGUGGUCAGCAAGCUGGUGGUGAGGAGCAGCCAGUGCAGAAAUUUGCUAGCUUCCUAACCGAGUAGUAGAAUUAGAUCUUCAAGCAGGUUCCACAGGUCUCCAUCAGCUAAUAAGUUGGUUUGCUGGGUGGCCACCAUCUACCAGAAUAAGACCCUGGGCGUUGUAGACAAACAGAUGAAUAAAGCCCGGUUCAGAAAAUUAAAAUCUGUUGUUAAAGGUUAACACUUAGCAAGAGCAGUGUUUGUUUUAUUUAUUUUGCACUGCAUUCUGGGUAAAGGGCGUGCAGUGGGUCUGCAGGAAUAGUGAAGGAGUGAGAGGAAGUUGGCAAAGGCGCAUUAAAAACCGGCGAAUGAAUGAAUGCUGGUGAAAGGACGAAUAAAAACCAGGUCUUUGCAGAUUUAGUUGUCCCGUCGUGUCAUCGGAGCAUCAUGUGAUCUGAAGUGGACUGUAAAUCCCACUUCAUCAGAAGAGAUGAUGGAAAGACUCAGUUUUUUUUUGUAAAGAACUGCACUGGGGAUAAAGCCAUCGUACAGGAGCCAAGAGUCACAUGAUCACUGAAAGAACUACACGGGGUGCCAUUACUUUUACUUAAAAUACUCUUUAAUGAUUUCAUGACAAUGCUUUACUUUGAUUGGCUACGACGUGUUGAUGGAGUCAAACUGAAAAACACAAUGUUAUGAAUUUCAGUGUUUACAUUUCAGCUGGACUGGAACAGAUUCAGAAAGUUCUGUGGUUCUGACCGGGUCAUGAAAAGCCUGAGCGGUUCCAGUUUUUAACAGACAGCCAAUCAGAAUCGAGUAUUCAAAUCAAACAGUGCAUUUGUGUUAAACUUCGCUAAACCAUUUUUGUUUCAGAGCCUUAGGAAAAUUCAGAGUUCACGUUUUCAUGACCUUUUGCUUUAAAAACUGUCUGACAAAUCCGUAAACUAAAAACCCAUCUGGAGUUUUUGGAUCAGUGUUCCCGAAUCGAUCGGCUCUGUUACAGAAACGUGACGAGUUUAUUUUAACGCAGCGUUUAACAAAGAAAAUGUUCAGUGUUCAUUUUUCCCGCUGAUGGAGCUCAAAGCAGCUGUUACUGUUCACAUCUGUCAAGGUUUCAUUUCUAUUUAUUUCCUGUCCGAGAAGUCGUCCGUGUGGAGUGUGUUUUUUUGUUUGAUUUUUAAACUGCACAGUAAACCUGCAUGUGUGGGAACUUUUGGUCAGAAAGUGUGAAAUAUAGUUGAGUGAAACACGUUACACACUUUUUUUAUACGAAAUAUUUGGACAUGAGCGUCAGAAGGUUCUGAGAUUAAAUGAAAUUAAAGCAUUUUAAAUGCUGAUGUGGGUCAAAAAGCUUCAGAUGUAAAACAGGAAGCCAAAAAGACACGUUAACGUGCUCCAUGUUUGUUUUUUGUCAAUAAAAUGGAGACUUGAGAAAGUUGUAUUAUAUGUAAAAUAAAAACCUUCUGAACUUG